UGUAGAUUCUGGUUCUGGGCUGUCCUCUGCAGGUCAAGUCCUGCGAUGAAGCUGAUUAGACUGCAAUGCAUGCAAGUGCCGGGAUAGCAUGGAUCAAUCAACGGUAUAAGAACGCAAUAGUUGGAAAAACUCCAUCAUUUCUUUUUGCAGCCGAGAGGUCACAUUGGACAAGACGUAACCACCUGGAUGGGCGUGAAUACAGACAACUAUAAAGCUUCUUCAGAUUCAAAGCAUUCAUCGUAAGUGGCCUUGCUGCUUCAUUCAAGACUCUGUGCCUCAGCCAAGGCAUCACCAGCUUCGGCUUCCAGAUCAGAAGCAUCAUAUCAUAUCCCAGCUAGAAGAGCUACAAGGAGCGGGUUUUUCUCCUGGCGUACCAGUUCAGCUGGCACCUUAAUCAACUAAACGUUGCCUUACUGUCAGGUGACUAUGGCAAGUGAGCUGAUACCCUUAUAUUGCAAAGUGAUAACAAUGACAACGAUCAUGACCUUUGUAAGACGAUGCUCCAGCUCCUUUUCUGUCACGUGCCAUCUUUGGAGCUAGCAUAACGUAGAUCAGCACCCCUCUCCUCUACCUUCUUACCGUCAACACCUCCCCUCUCAUCUCAUCUCCAUAUCACCCAAGUGCUCAAGUCUAUUCCCAUAUCUCUCUGUUCCAUCUCUCUUCCAUCUCUCUCCCAUUUCUCACUUCACACCGCCCAAACUCUCCAUUUUCCACCAAGGUAUCCCCACAGCGGCCCGAACACCUCCGAUCUUGCCCCGACUCCCGAGAAAGUGGCCUGAUUUUUGGUCGUUACCUGCACCAGCCCAGCGCUGGUCUGGACGCCCAAGCACCACCAAUAUAAUCAGGUAGGGAAGGUGGCGGCAUAUCUCGAUUUUUCGUCUCCUCCUCCUCCUCCUCCUCCUCCUCUCGUCACUCUCCCUCCUCUUCUCGUUACUGUACUCUUACUUCUUUGUGAUUUUCAAUUCCUGGUAUACAAGGGUAUACAAGGCUGCUCUCCGCCCUGAAAAAGUCUUGGUACAAUACAUCUCUGUGCCGCGCUUAUCCUGCGAGACAAACCACUGAGACAAGCCACUGAGACAAACCACUGAGACAAACCACUGAGACAAACCAAACCACGCGCUUCCUCAUCUGUCUACCCCGCCACGACACACCACUCACGAACACACUGGUACCCCGCACACCUCACACCUCACACCUCACACGACACCUCACACGACACCUCACCUCACCCAACAACCCAGCCCAAGAAAGAUGUUCCCCGACGUCCACCGCGCUGCGCAGCGCCGCUACUCCAUCCUCCCCGUCCCGAAGGACCUGAUCCCCAGUACGGGCGAGAGCAAAGCGCAGAUCCUCUGGGUCGGGUGCUCGGACAGCUGGAUCACCGAGACGGCGGCGCUGGAUGUGCUGCCGCAGGAGACGUUUGUGCAUCGGAAUCUGGGGAGUGUGAUGAGUAAUGGGGAUUUGAGCUCGGCGAGCGCGAUUGCGUAUUGUGUUGAUUUGUUGGAGGUGAAGCAUAUUGUCGUCUGCGGACACUACGACUGUGUACUAUUCAAAGAAGCCAGCGAGGCCCCAACAGCGAUACACGGGUGGUACGAAGACCUCUCCCGCCUCCGCGCCGUCAACGACGCCCUCCUCCCCGACCUGGAGACGAUACAGCGCGAUCGCCAUCUUGCGGAGGUGUACGUGCAGGCUGAGGUGGAGUGGUUGCGGUCGCAGCCGACGGUGGCGAAGGCGAUUGCGGAUCGCGGGCUGAAGGUGCAUGCGUUUGUGUUUAAUAAGGAGGAGGAGGCUUGUGUGAGGCUUGUGGAAGUGGGGGGGUGGGUGGCGGAGCCGAAUGGGGGGCCGAAUGGGGGGCCGAAUGGGGGGCCGAAUGGGGGGCCGAAUGGGGUUGUUGCGUGGGAGGCUGGGGGUGUGAGGGAGAGAUGA